GCGCGCUUGGUGUGCCAGCGAUCGACGUCGAUCAGCAGCCUCGGCCCGGGACGACCGUACCGGAGCUCGCACGCCCGGUCCGGCCGCGGUCGCGGCCAUGGGGCAGUGCCUGUCGUGGGCGCUGGGCCUCCUCCUGCCGUCGCUGUGGGAGGCCGAGGUCGCCAUCUCCGCCACGGCGCUGCUCAUCGCCGCGCUCGUCCUCUUCCUCCUCACGUCGGACCAGCACGCCGCCAAGCCCACGGCCGGCGGCGGCAGAAGCAGCUCGCCAGCCUCCUCCUCCUCAUCGCGUCCCUCUGCGGCCGCAGCAGCCCGCCACCGUGACGCCGGGCGGUGCGGCCGGAGCGGCGCCAGGGGCAAAGCGGCCUCCGAAAUCUCUUGCGCUCCGGGCGCCGGCGGCUACGUAGUCAAGGUAACUGCCGCUACGAGCUUAUCGGACCACAGCAUUGCAGAGACACCACCCAUCAUCUUGAUCCCAAUCCCAUUGGCAACUCUGAUCGAUCUGGAGCUGCUCUCUGCCAAGUACCUGAUCGGCGCCAACUUGGACGGCGGCUCCGAUCCAUUCGCUGUCAUCUCCUGCGGCGAGCAGAAGCGCUUCAGGUUCGUGGCUCCCUCCAUCUUCUGCAUCAUCGGCUGA